GUCGGGUUCUUUUUUAAUAAAAAGCGCGACAACAAACUCCGUUUCCGCGAUAUCUCUUUACUUCUCCUCUCUACCUUGUGCGUCCUUCCUUCGGCUUGCUCGUGUGCGAAACCGGGCUGCAUGCAUGGUGUGAACAACUCUUGAUUUUACCCUGCACAAGCCUUAGGAUUGUGAUUGUUCCUUUCUUUACCAUCGUUCUUGAGUUUUAUUUUCCUUUUGGGAGGCUUAUCGAGCUUCUGUCCAUUCCUUGCCACCGUCAAUUCCGGUUUAUCUACUUGUAUCUGUGCUAUUCUUACAAUUGUCGAUUGGAUCUCGCUUUCCAUCCGACAUUUCAACAUGGAGAUCAAGCCCAUAUGGCGAUCUUAUCUGGUGCUAAUAUGGCUACUUGCUGCAGAACAAGUGAAGCCGGCUCCCACAGCUGCAAAGCUAGUGCCUGCAUUCAAAACUCAGUAUCCACCAGCUGAAGCUAGAGUAGCUGCUCCUCAAACACAAGGUUUCUAUCCUACAAGCCUCGAACGUGAAGGCCAUUUACUGCAAAAGCCUACGAAGGGUCCUCUGAAGGGAGACCUUGGAUUGGAUAACCUUCUCGACGUCUUAGAACACCCAGACUCGUUGCUUGGCUGGCUUCUCCCAGGAACGGGCGCAAGCACGGCAGAACCCGAAGGGCCUGUCAACGUCCCUGCAACGACAUCGGCCGCUUUGCCGACUUCUCAAGAUACUCAGCCGCUUACAACUCCGGCGACGAUUCCAACAUCAGCGACUCCGAUACGGCCUACGCCAAACCCCAAACCGGACAGCAGCCCGGAGCAAGCUCCUACGAGUAAGCCUACCAUCCCAGCUGCAAAACCAGAACCCAGUUCGAGUGGUCAGCCAUCUGUUCAAAGCCCGGCUCCAACAAGUUCAAGCUCAAUUGCCACUUCAAGUUCUACAAAUCAAUCUGAACAGCCUUCGACCUCGGACGCAUCAACUCCGGCAGCACCCUCGUCUCCGUCAUCCAAACCGAACUCGUCUCCAUCUAUACAAGGUCCCGCUACCCCCAUGGCUGACAAUCAGGAUGUUUUCAUUCCAGUGGCCACUGGUCCUGUGCCCAACACGAUCAAGUCUAGAAAUGACCAUCCUGUCCCCAGGAAGGGAAUCGUGAACUCGACGGUUCCUAUCGAAACCAAUAAGUUCUACAGUGGGCUAUUCUUAGGAACCCAAAGCAACGCGACUUUUACCCAUCCAUAUGCGGUGUCCUGGUCGAAAGGAACUGGAACCUUGCAAAGCUAUGGCAUGGCCGUCUCUCACGUGGAAAGUACCGUAAUGGCAUUGGGUCCGACUAACAAUCACAUUCCCGGCAACCCAGUGUCGUACUACGUGAACCCGAUUGGAAUCCAGUCGAUCAUUUUAUCAGCGUCGGAGUUGAAUGCAUCGACAGUACUGACAACGGAGAACCCAUUGUCAUUCUCGGCCAAUGCGGUCUUACGCCCACAGAGUGGAUCGGCUCAAAGCAUGACUGUUCCCGUCGUGCAGGGCAUGGGAUUUGUGACCGGAAUCUACUCGGGUCUCCAGCCAGUGGUCCAAAGUGGUGUUCAUUUCGACAAGGUCGUGUCUGCCGGAUCACCGAAGUCCGGCAUCUAUAAAUAUACGGCAACCUUGGCCGACCAAGCAACAUGGCUCAUUUAUGUCAUUCCGCAGGACGGAAAAGACCCUGAUUUCCGUUUGGAAUCGAGCACCAGCCUGCGCGGGCCGGCUGGAUGGUCUGGUACAAUCCAAGUAGCCAAGAACCCGGCGGGUGCAUCUGGGGAAAAGUUUUUUGACAACUCGUCCGGUGUCUACGCCCUAGAGGGCGCAGUAUCCGGGGCCGUUUCUGACAAAACCGGCACCUAUAACUUGGCCUGGGCCAAGGCUGGCAAGGAUGUCCAGAGCACCCCCUUGUUGAUGUUUGCCUUGCCGCACCACAUAGAAUCAUUUGACAGUAGCACCAAAGGACGAGUGACAAACAUUACCAUUCGUACAACAACGAAGGGCCAGGCCACAGCGGUGAUCGGAGAGAUCUGGACCAUGACCGAACCCGACUUACCCGUUGGCAUGGGAUUUGCCCCUUGGUCCACCUCCCAGGGCAGUGUUGACAAGCUCUCCGCGGCUGCCCAGAAAGUGAUUUUGGAUGCGGCACCGACCGAGCUGAAACAAGAUGUUGGCAAAGAAAGCGAUUUGAACAGUAUGUACUUCAGCGGGAAAGCGCUUAGCAAGUUUGCUACUCUUGUGUAUACGGUGAACAAGCUGGGCGGUAACCCGCAGCUUGCGGACUCGGCCUUCAAGGCGCUCAAGGAUGCCUUUGCUCGGUUUGUGAACAACAAACAGCAAUAUCCACUUGUUUAUGACAACGUCUGGAAAGGCGUGGUGUCCUCGGCCAGCUACGACGGAGGCGAUACAGGCGCGGAUUUUGGCAACACGUUGUACAACGAUCACCACUUUCACUACGGAUACUUCAUCCACGCUGCUGCAAUCAUUGGAACGCUUGAUCCAACUUGGCUCCCUGCGAACAAAGAGUGGGUCAACGUGCUGGUCCGAGACGCCGGAAACUCUGCUGCAAAUGAUGCUUAUUUCCCGUUUUCCCGUGGGUUUGACUGGUUCCACGGCCACUCCUGGGCCAAAGGUCUAUUCGAGUCCUUCGACGGCAAGGAUGAGGAGUCGACAUCCGAAGACGCCAUGUUCGCCUAUUCUCUCAAGGUUUGGGGCAAGACCAUUGGGGAUGCGAGUAUGGAGGCGAGAGGAAAUCUUAUGCUCGGCAUCCUUCGGCGAACGCUCCACAACUAUUUCCUUCUGGAAAGCGACAACAAAAACCACCCCGAGAGCUUUGUUCCAAACAAGGUGACAGGGAUUGUAAGUCAUACGAGACCUCUCUUUUCUACCAAGGAUGGAAAACUGACACUGCCAAAGCUAUUCGAAAACAAGGUUGACCACACCACCUACUUUGGCGCCAAUCUCGAAUAUAUUCAAGGGUAUGAUGGGCCUUAUUUUGACCCCCUGGCUUGUGUCCACGGCUGAACGACUGACUGGUGUAUGCUAUAGAAUCCACAUGCUUCCUCUUCUGCCGUCGUCAGCCUUUGUCCGACGCCAGAAGUUUGUUCAGGAGGAGUGGGAUGCGAUGUUCGCCAGCAGUGCCAGCACGCCUGCCGAGAAGGUGCAGGCGGGGUGGAAGGGAGUUUUGUACGCGAAUCUUGCUAUAAUUGACCCGGUAGCGUCGUGGAAGUUCUUCGCCGACCCCAAUUUCGACUACAGCUGGAUUGACGGAGGAGCUACUCGGACAUGGUAUUUGGCUUACGUCGCAGGUACGUUAUAUCCUUUUGUCCGGACCAUUAGAUUGGAUGGGUGAUGAUUGAGACUAACUAUGUACCAGGACUUGGCGGGGCAUGAGGGGAGGAAAUCCUCCAAGGUUAGAGUAGUAGUGGAGAACAGGAUAUGUUUGUUUGUGCUUUUGUAGAAUGCGUAAAUAAUGUUGCAGAUAUACUCUUGAGUGCUAGAAACUCCAGUGACGUGCUUGCUGAUCUGAUGCGUUAUAUGUUUAUAUCUCUUGGAAUUAGUUGAUUUGAAAUUUCACCGAGAUUCGCAUGCUCUGAUUGGAGUUUUCUAAGCCACUGGACAGGACUUAGCCGUUAAAACGGUUGAGGUAGAUACAGAAUAUCGGACAUAUCAUAGGUCAUCACUCAUCAUCUCUGAUUUAUCUACUUCAGUUUACACUGCCCGGGAGGAACAGGUGGUCUGUUGGGUCUGGGUCAGGAGUUAUUUGAUAAUUUUAAUUUGACUGUGGCGCCGGUCCAGUCAGCAUCGGACGGUUUCAGUGGUUCAAACCACUGACAACUGCAAAAUGUCUCAUGCAGACAGAUGGAAAUGCCAUUGUGGCAGUACCAGUCUCAAUCGGGAAUUGGCUCUGAAAGGGUUGAUAUAGUCUUUGUUGUGUCUUCUUUAUCUUGACCUAAAGACGCGAUGACGGCCGUUGGUGAGGGACCUCAGGGUUUUCUAGUGGACGUUGAUAUAUGGGGAAUUAAUCGUUGAUUCUGGUUUCUUUUGUAUAGGGCACGGCGAGCAAUUUUUCUUUCUGUGGGAGUUGGUCGGGUUGCCUUCUUUCAUAUUCUUUCUAUUGCUCAAAUAAAAAAUAAUUCAGCUGGCAGUUCCUAGCUGCCGAG